CAGAAACAUCUAUUUGACUCCUAGCUCUGAUGCUUGCAAAUACUCGAAGCUGUGUUGCUGACACCUACAGUUUGGAACUGCAGUUGAUCAGUUUUGCCAGAAACAGCAAGCAGCCUAUAUCUGUCGCGAGACACCCCAACAAGGCCCGUUCAUGUCUGUGGCUGCCUGCCCUCCGCCGGAGCAGGCAGCACGCGUCCCCCGCAGCCAUGGGCCAAUGCUGCUCCAAGGGCGCCGGGAAGGCCGACGCGGACGCGGACGCGGACGCACCACCAAAGGCGGCGGAGGCGCCGAGCCGCGGCGCGUCGGCGAACCACGGCGGCCACGGACGGCCGUCGUCGUCCGCGAAGCCGGGCUCGCCCACGGCCGCCGCCGGCAGGGUGAGCACGAGCAGCAGCAAGCCGGCGGGGCCCGUGGGCCCGGUGCUGGGGCGGCCCAUGGAGGACGUUCGCACGACGUACUCGAUGGGGAAGGAGCUCGGGCGCGGGCAGUUCGGGGUGACGCACCUGUGCACGCACCGCGCGACGGGGGAGAAGCUGGCGUGCAAGACGAUCGCGAAGCGGAAGCUGGCGAGCAAGGAGGACGUGGACGACGUGCGGCGCGAGGUCCAGAUCAUGCACCACCUCUCCGGCCAGCCCAACGUCGUCGGCCUCCGCGGCGCCUACGAGGACAAGCACAACGUCCACCUCGUCAUGGAGCUCUGCGCCGGCGGCGAGCUCUUCGACCGGAUCAUCGCCAGGGGCCAGUACACGGAGCGCGCCGCCGCGUCGCUGCUGCGCACCAUCGUGGAGAUCGUGCACAGCUGCCACUCCAUGGGGGUGAUGCACCGGGACAUCAAGCCCGAGAACUUCCUGCUGCUCAGCAAGGACGAGGACGCACCGCUCAAGGCCACCGACUUCGGCCUCUCCGUCUUCUACAAGGAAGGCGAGGUGCUCAGGGACAUCGUCGGCAGCGCCUACUACAUCGCGCCCGAGGUGCUCAAGAGGAGGUACGGCCCGGAGGCAGACAUCUGGAGCGUCGGCGUCAUGCUCUACAUCUUCCUCGCCGGCGUGCCCCCGUUCUGGGCAGAGAAUGAGAAUGGCAUCUUCACCGCCAUCCUGCGCGGGCAGCUUGACCUCGCCAGCGAGCCAUGGCCGCAUAUCUCGUCGGGAGCCAAGGACCUCGUCAAGAAGAUGCUCAACAUCAACCCCAAGGACCGGCUCACGGCGUUCCAGGUCCUCAACCACCCAUGGAUCAAGGAAGAUGGAGAUGCACCUGACACGCCACUUGACAAUGUUGUGCUCAACAGGCUCAAGCAGUUCAGGGCCAUGAACCAGUUCAAGAAAGCGGCACUGAGGAUCAUAGCUGGGUGCCUGUCCGAGGAGGAGAUCACUGGGCUGAAGGAGAUGUUCAAGAAUAUCGACAAAGAUAACAGUGGGACCAUUACGCUUGAUGAGCUCAAAAAUGGGUUGGCCAAGCAUGGAACCAAGCUGACAGACAGUGAAAUUCAGCAACUGAUGGAAGCAGCUGAUGCUGAUGGCAACGGGUUAAUUGACUAUGACGAGUUCGUCACCGCAACAGUACACAUGAACAAACUGGAUAGAGAGGAGCACCUUUACACAGCAUUCCAGUAUUUCGACAAGGAUAACAGUGGGUACAUUACAAAAGAAGAGCUUGAGCAAGCCUUGAAGGAGCAAGGGUUGUAUGACGCUGAGAAAAUCAAGGAGGUCAUCUCAGAUGCCGACUCUGACAAUGAUGGAAGGAUAGAUUAUUCAGAGUUUGUGGCGAUGAUGAGGAAAGGGACAGCUGGUGCUGAGCCAAUGACCAACAAGAAGAGGAGAAAUGUAGUCCUAUAGUGAAGCAGAAAGUGUGUAAUAUGUAUAGCAGCUCAAACAACCAAAUUUGCAGAACUGUACACAAACGAUUCAGUUCAUGGAUGGUUGUGCAAUAUGAUGGCGAUUCAGCAUGUGCAUAUUUCAGAAGACUACUCAUGGCAUCUAUCAUUCUCAUUUGUUCUUGCGGAAAAACAGAUGAUAUGUUUGAGGGAACAUCAUCCAACAAGACCUACUGAUACAGAAAAACUUCAAUAGUUCAAUGCAACUUUCUUCACACAAAUUGCAAACUGAAUUGGGAGUUUAUCAAUUAAAAAAUGAGGAUAUUUGCGUGGUCCAAAACAGACCUCAAAUAAUAACAAGAUACAAUAGGCCAAUCGGGGAACCUUUCUCUACGUAAAAGAAAUGGCGAUUGCAAUGAGCACUUGCACAGACUGUACACGGAAUCGGGAGAAUGGCCUAUAUGCUAACAAGGAAGAUAUUAUAGUUUAAUUAUUUCACAGAACGUGUUUCUUGCAUGUGGCAGAAUGAAUAAAAAUACGAAAUAGAGGAAUUAGGAAGUUUGU